ACUUUUUUUUAGAGCGCAGGCUAGAGGUUGUACUGCACUGGCUAAAUUGCUCAUCUACAGCGAGUUACUCGCCACAACUUUAAAUGGUUGACGAGCUACACGCUGUAUAAAUAUCGACACAACCCCAAGUAUUAUUUAGAGCAGACGAAGUUGCGCGCUGUAUACGUUUACGAUUCAAAACAUAUAAAAACGUAAAUUAAAUGCACAAAAUAUUGCUGCUGCUUUUUUCGUCCGCUGGGGACACACGAACACCGUUUAACUAACUCAACUUAUAAUCCUUCAGAGUUUGCUUAUUUAAACAAUUUUUCACGUUGUAGAAUAUGAAUUUAUAUUAAACCGAGGCAAAACAUUUUCAGGUCAGCUUCAUGAGGAUAAGUGCCGAAGUCAAAGGAUGACCCCAAACCUCACCCGAAAAACUUGGAGAAGCAUUUCCUGUCUAAUAAUUUGUUUCGUUGCACUCAUCUUUGUCCUCUCGUCGUGGCCACCGAUAUUUCAUAUCAGAGCCAGCGUAAAUACCGUGUUAUUCAUGCAUAAACGCCAAGCUUCAAAACGCAUAACCAUAAACCCCUUCCCUGGGGAAUCAGUAAAAACAAGUUUGGGAGGCACUUCGACGCCAACCAGGGACCAACCCGAGAAAGACUUAAACCUAACAACUAAAAAAGAAAAUGUGCUUUGGGAAAGGCAGAAGACAUCCGAGUCAGUUCCACAUGUCGACCCCGUCCCCAACAAGACAGCGCCUGUUAAAAUUAAACGGAUAAUCGUGGUUGCUUACUUUCGAUCAGGCUCUUCGUUUUUAGGGGAAAUUUUAUCACAAGCACCACGUACAUUUUACCACUUUGAGCCACUCUACUUCUACGCGUCAGCAAGGGGUGCUCACGUUGUAAACAUGUCGGCGGGACUGAACGUUUUAGGCGACAUUUUUCGUUGCGACUUUCACGGUGCCCCUGACUACCUCGAGAGAGGAAAAUCGUUCAUUUAUCCGUUCGCCGCCAACCGAGCAUAUUGGUUGUAUUGCGGCGGAGAGAUCGACGUCUGCUUCGACGCAGCAGUAAUGUCGCAGUUUUGCCAGAUGUGCACGAUACAAGUCAUGAAAGUGAUUCGCUCGAGUCUUCGUCAAGUCCGCGAGUGGAUUAACGCAAAUACUGAUAUUGGCGGUACUGUAAAGGUGGUGCAUCUGGUUCGCGACCCAAGAGGCAUAUGGUCGUCAAGGUUACGGCGCUCUGCGUGUCUGUACUCUAGCGGAUGUCGCCGCAUAGAAACGCUCUGCAGAAGGAUGAGAGAGGACUUAGAUGAGUUUGAAGAUCUUAAGAAAGUUUUCCCUGAUCUAUUCGUUCAAGUUCGUUAUGAGGAUGUUGCCUUGGAACCUGCGAAAAGAGCUCGGCUGCUCUUUGAUCAGCUGAGACUUCCUUUCACAGAGCAAGUUUCGCAGUUCAUCAGAACACACACGAGACACGACCUAAAGAGGAAACCAAGGAUGGCUUUCUCCACAAAAAGAAACUCGGCAAAGGCCGCUUUCCGCUGGACGCGAAGGCUGAAUUACAGUCAGGCUGCUUUGGUUCAGAAUGCUUGUCCCGAUGUUUUCCGACGCCUCGGCUACCGUGUUGUAACGAGUGAAACGGAGUACAGACUUUCUCAAGGACCUUCCUUCGUGCUUCACGUCAACAGUGGAAAAAAAUAGUACUUUCUGAGCGUUUAUCUUAAGUACAUAUCAAUGCCCGGGUGGUCUUUUCUGGAUGAAAUAAAAUAAAGAAACAGAGGUGAAAUUUUCCGAAAACAUAUAUGCAAUAAUUAGAGCUGUAGCUUGUGUCCUUGGUAGUACAGUUUAAUUUGAUCACUUCCGACAUUCGAUAUAAUAUUGAAUUCUUGCUGGUUUCAAGAUAAUAAAACUCCUCGUUUCCAUGGCUCG